AUGGCGAGGAAUUUCCGGGAGACGAAUAUUGAGAUCCUGGAUAGACAUGUCCCAUUUGAUUUGGUUGCAUCUGAUCAUAGGAGGAUUGUUGGGCAGAUUGAUGAUAUUGAUAUUGGUUAUAUGCGAGUGGAUAGAAUUGGUUCUCAUCCCAUGUCAUCGGUUCAAUUGGCAAUCCGAAUGAAGAGGAUGAUGGAGUGUUGUCGAGACAUGGGAUUUUUGUGGAAAACUGCAAAACUCGGAUUAAAAGAAGGAUUGGUCGCCGGCGCCGUCAAAUUGUCUAUCGAUAAUGAUAUUUGGUCGACUAACAACGUUAAGGGAAGCGAAUUGUAUCAGAAGCUGAAAAAGUACAUUCUUCCGGGUACCGUCGUCUUUUCACAACAACUUCCAACUGUUGAGGAUGUUCAACUGAAAGCUGGUGGAACAUGGAAUAAUGCCGUUGAUUCGGUAUGUUACUUUCUUGAGCAUUACAUUUGGUCGUAA